AUGCUGUCACGGACAUUAACUACCUGCGGGAGAAGAAGUUUGCUUAACACAUACUACCCUUUCCCCAGGGUAUGGAAUCUCGGUUUGCGUGCCUUUGAUCAUGGCCGCACUGAGUUUCAUUCUCAGUCUUCCCGGAGAAGGCAACAAGACAUCAAAAACCCUAGUCUUCAGCAGUCAGUCGCAACAUCCGAUCUUGAUCCAAAAAAGUCAAUUCCGCAAGAGAUAGCAGUCCCCGAGUCUGCACAGAAGCCGGAACCAGCGAAGCCUGGUCCAGCUCCCUUCAAGAAUGAUGUUUCACUCACCGAGAAGGUAGUCUCCAAUAAGGAGCAGCGAAAAGUCGAUCUGGCCAUCAUGAAAGACAUGAUCCAAUACCUGUGGCCAAAGGGAGAAAUCGGUACCAAGAUACGUGUUGGUGCAGCUCUGGGACUACUCGUCUCCGCCAAGAUUCUCAAUGUCAAUGUCCCAUUCUACUUCAAAAGUAUUGUGGAUUCAAUGAAUGUGGACUUCCUUGCUGUUGGAGGUACAGCUUGGACGGUGGCUGGUUCCAUGAUCAUCGCUUACGGCGUUACGAGGAUCGGUGCUGCAGUAUUUCAGGAACUACGGAAUGCCGUGUUUGCCAGUGUUGCCCAAAAAGCCAUUCGAAAUGUCGCCAGAAAUGUGUUUAUGCAUCUCCUGAAGCUCGACCUAAACUUUCACCUCUCAAGACAAACGGGCGGACUGACUCGAGCUUUGGAUAGGGGUACCAAGGGUAUCAACUUUCUGUUAACCUCAAUGCUUUUCCACAUCUUCCCAACGGUACUCGAGAUAUCCAUGGUUUGCGGUAUCUUGACGUACCACUAUGGUGCUCAAUUUGCCUUGAUAACUGCUUCUACGAUGGCGGCCUAUGCCGCUUUUACGAUCACGACUACUUCCUGGCGAACAAAAUUUAGAAAGCAAGCCAACGCCGCGGAUAAUCAAGGUGCGACUGUUGCAGUCGACACACUCCUCAAUUAUGAGGCUGUCAAAUAUUUUAAUAACGAGAAAUUCGAGGUUGAUCGAUAUGACAAGGCUUUGAAAAAGUAUGAAGAUGCCUCAAUCAAGGUCACGACCUCAUUGGCGUUCUUAAAUUCUGGGCAAAAUAUCAUCUUCUCCAGUGCAUUGGCAGCGAUGAUGUAUAUCGCAGCCAAUGGUGUUGCUGCAGGUACACUGACAGUUGGAGAUCUUGUGAUGGUCAAUCAGCUUGUCUUUCAAUUGUCUGUGCCAUUGAACUUCCUUGGUUCCGUUUAUCGCGAGUUACGACAAUCACUGUUGGAUAUGGAGACCUUGUUCAAUCUACAAAAGGUCAACGUCACUGUCAAAGAAGUGGCACACCCAAAGCCUCUUGCUUUGACUCGGGGCGGGGAGAUCAAGUUCCAGAACGUUUCCUUUGGUUAUCACCGUGACAGACCGAUUUUGAGAGACUUGAGCAUGACCAUCCCUGCUGGAAAGAAAGUGGCCAUCGUGGGGCCCAGCGGCUGUGGCAAGUCGACCAUUCUUCGAUUGCUGUUCCGAUUCUACGAUGCUGAGUCUGGCAAGAUCACGAUUGAUGGUCAAGAUAUCAAAGAAGUCAGCCUGGAAAGCUUGCGAAAGAGUAUUGGAGUUGUUCCACAGGAUACUCCCUUAUUCAACAACACCAUUGAGCACAACAUUCGAUAUGGACAAAUUGAUGCCAGUCUAGAUGAUGUCAAAAAGGCAGCUCAACGAGCCAAAAUCCAUGAUCUGAUUGAACGCCUACCUGCUGGAUGGAAUACAAUGGUAGGUGAGAGGGGUAUGAUGAUUUCCGGUGGUGAGAAACAGCGACUCGCUGUUGCUCGUCUAUUGUUGAAGGACCCUCCUUUGUUAUUCUUCGAUGAAGCGACUUCGGCACUGGACACGUACACAGAGCAGACAUUACUGCAAAACAUCAACAGCAUUUUGAAAGAAAAGCAACGGACUAGUGUGUUUGUUGCCCAUCGAUUGCGAACCAUUUACGACAGUGAUAUUAUAUUUGUGCUCAGAGAGGGCAGAGUGGUGGAACAAGGAACACACACCGAAUUACUUGCCUUACAAGGAUUAUAUUCUGAUCUGUGGUCUGCUCAAGAAAUUUCCAUUGGACAGGACAUGUCGCUUGAGAGAUCCCUUGAGGAAGAGCGCGAGGAGGACAAAAAGCAAACCUGA